AUGAGCGAUCUAGUAGACGGCAUUGGGCAAUCGAACGAGGGCCUUGAACCAUCGAACGACGGCCGUGGUGAUCUACCAUUAAAGGACUCGGUCUACAAAGAUGAUCCCCAAACCACACAAACUCUGGAGCCCAUUGCUAGUUCGAGUCAAACUUCUAUGUUUGAUACAGCUGCUGCUGAUAUGACAAGCUCUAUGGCUAACGACAAAAUUGUUCAGAAAGAUGAUUUCGGCACGAGUGAGAUUGACGAUUAUGCAGCGGUGAUUGACGACUUCAGUCAGACGGUGCCGGAGCUGAGACCAUGA